AACUAGUGGUCAACGACAACUCUGCCCGGCCAUCCUAAAACAAAAAAUCACAAGUCUUGGUCGUCUUCAUCUAGGUAGAGAGGAUAACAACAGUUUACGACUUCUCUGCCACCAAACCUAAGUCGUCUAUCGUAAGUCACUAAGUCUACGGCUCGACGAUAACAAGACAAUACAGUUCAGCCAAAAGUAUAUGAAUUCCGCGUUUUUGUUCAGCCAAUUAAAACCCAAAUGGCCAAAUGCAUGUUCUAGCUAGCUCAUUAUUUAGCAGAUUGGUUUUACAAAUUCAGCGUUUGUUUAGACUAACUUCUGUGAUCUAAAUGGGAUUUUUGCAACUCAUUAUUACUAUAGUAUUUCUUGGUACUACCAUUAUUACCAAUAUCACCUUUACCAAAGCACAACACAUUCACGGCCAACGUCAAGGGAGGCGCCUAGCUGAUGCAGGAGACACAACCGGAUUCAUAAGCAUUGAUUGUGGGAUGAAUACAAGCUACACAGACGAAACAACAAGAUUAAAUUACACACCAGAUGAAGCAUAUAUUGAGAGCGGCAUGAACAUGGACAUUCUCCCAGAAUAUAAAUCAGAAACAACAAUGCAGCAGCUCAUAAAUGUCAGAAGCUUUCCUGAGGGAAACAAGAACUGCUACAGUCUAAGACCAGGUCAAGGGAAACGCAGAAACUAUUUAAUCCGAGCUUAUUUUAUGUAUGGAAACUACGAUUCCCUUAAUGAACCCCCAACUUUCGAUCUACUGCUUGGAGUGGACGUAUGGGACACGGUCAAGUUAGAUAAUUCAUCUCAUAUUGUGAUCAAGGAAAUCAUACAUACACCAUCCACUGAUAACUUGUAUGUCUGCCUCGCCAAUACAGAUUCAGGAACACCUUUUAUAUCAGGAUUAGAACUAAGGCUUCUAACUGACUCUAUCUAUAAAAGGAGCUUUGGCUCGCUUCAUCUUCUCUAUCGAUAUUACACUUCCUCAACAUUUGUCAACUCGGUUGUUAGAUACAAGGAUGAUGCCUUUGAUCGCAUGUGGAACCCUGCAGUCCCAAUUUCUGGGAGCUCCAUUGAGACAAUGUCGGAGGUUGGCUCAAGCAACGAUUUUUCAUUGCCAUCAUCAGUUAUGAAAGCAGCACUUGUACCGAAAUCUCUUGGUCAAUCUAUUCAAAUCUACCAGCAAGCAACUGAUAAAAGCACAACCUUUUACUUCUUCCUCCAUGUGGCUGAGAUUUUAAGCCUUCGUGCAGGACAACUCAGGGAAUUCAAUAUCUCAAUUAAUGGCGUCAAACAAUCAAAAAUCUUUAAUCCACUUUACUUACAAACUACAACCAUUUUUAACCAGGAACCAAUUACUGACUCCUAUCUUAAUAUUACUAUCCAUAAAACCAUGAAUUCCACCCUUCCUCCCAUACUGAAUGCCAUGGAGUUGUAUAAAGUUAAAAAUAUUUCAGAAUUAUCAACCGAUGAGGCAGAUAUUCUUGCUAUCAACAAUAUCAAGUCAUUCUAUAAGCGGAUGAAGGACUGGCAAGGAGAUCCAUGCUUUCCAAAGGGUUACUCGUGGUCUGGCGUGGACUGCAACUAUGACAGUUCCAACUCAACCAGAAUAAUAUCACUGAAUCUUAGUUCCAAGGGGCUUACUGGACAUAUUGCGGCUUCAUUUGCAGAUCUUACAGCAGUACAAAUCUUGGAUUUGUCAAACAAUAACCUCAGUGGGCAGAUACCCGAGCUUCUGACAGACUUGCCAUUCUUAAAAACCUUAAACCUUUCAGUAAACAACUUCACUGGUUCAGUUCCUAAACUUCUGUUAGAAAAAUCUGCUGCAGGAUCACUCUCUUUAAGCAUGCAAAACAAUUCAGAUCUAUGUUCGAGCAACUCCUGUACUUCGAAGAAGAAGAUAAGCAAAACACUCCUUGCUCAUAUAGCUGCAUUUUCCGCUGUACUGGUUCUAAUUGUAGCAGGUUUCAUCAUUUUUUGUAUACACAAGAAAAAAACUACUAGAAUGUAUGGAAGACCAAGUCCAUACCACCAUAGAUCUGGAAAUGGCAGAAGGAAGGGUGAAUUCACACGGUUUUCUUAUUCUGAGUUAACAAGCAUGACCAAAAGCUUCCAAAGAGAGCUGGGGAAAGGCGGAUUUGGAGUAGUUUACUAUGGUUGCCUAAAAGAUGGCAUGGAAGUGGCUGUCAAAAUGUUGUCUGGAACUGUGGAGGCUUCUGAACAAUUCACUACAGAGGUUGAACUCUUAAUGGAUAUUCGUCACAAGAACUUGGUUUCUCUAGUUGGAUACUGUGAACAAGGACCAACCUUAGCUCUAGUUUACGAGUAUAUGGCUGGUGGUAACCUGAAAACUAAUCUCUUAGCUUCAAAUUCAUUGAGUUGGAAAUCGAGACUCCAGAUAGCAAUUGAUGCUGCACAAGGACUGGAAUAUUUGCACAAUGGUUGCAGGCCACCUGUAGUCCACAGGGAUGUAAAAACCGCAAAUAUCUUGUUAAAUAAAAAUCUUGAGGCAAAAAUAGCAGAUUUUGGUUUGUCCAAAAUCUUCCCAGAUGAAAGUAGAACCCAUGUGUUAACAAGGGUGAUGGGCACACCGGGUUAUCUCGAUCCUCAGUAUCAUCAAACAGAACGUCUGAAUGAGAAAAGUGAUGUGUACAGUUUUGGUGUGGUCCUUCUGGAGUUGAUCACAGGCAAAGCAGCAACAGUGAAAAUGGGUGAGCGGACUGGUUAUUUGGUUCAAUGGGCCAUCCCCAUUGUUGAAACAGGGGAUAUAAAUCUUAUCCUAGAUGAAAGGUUGCAGCAGAGUGUUGAGAACUCAAAUUCUGUAUGGAGAGUAAUAGAUACAGCUAUGGCAUGUGUGAAGCCAACUGCAAACGAAAGGCCAACAAUGAGUCUGAUUGUUGCAGGAUUGAAAGAGUGCUUAGGUAUGGUCAUACAAACAGAGCAAGCAGCAUCACUUCCUGAUGAUUUAGCUGAAAUGUGCCUAGUCACCUCCACCACACAAAUGGCUCCAGAACCAAGAUAAUUAACUCUUUUGCUUUACUACAGUCUGUAGACCUUGGCUUUUCUAUUUCAAUAAUCACACUACAUGGUAUGCAUGCACAUGCACUUAAAUUCAUUAUAAAGGUCUGUAUUCAAUUUGGGUAUCUUUAUUCUUUUGUGUGAACCAUAAUCAAUACUAUUUUCGGUUACCAUUCUUAACUCAUGAUAUGAGGCGCCAAUUGCAAAUAUACAAAUGCUAGUUCAUUUGUUUAGAAAA